AUGACGAUGCCAUCGGUGUCACCCAAGCCGGCCCAGAAUGGUUCCGACCGGCCAGCGAGGCGGCGGACAGCUAUGAGCUGCGACCGCUGCAAGAGCAGAAAGACCAAGUGUGUCGAUCCUAUUCCCGGACCAUGCCAUUUCUGCGCCAGCAUCGGCGCCCCCUGUCAUCUCGACGCGUCGCGAAGGAGACAGCGUCCAUAUUAUCGCGUCUCAGAGGAAGAAUUCCGUUACAUGAUGCGGAUCCUGGAGCACUUCGUCCCCAAUACCGAGUUCAACCUGCACACGCUCAAGGCCCUCGCCGAGUCCUUGACUUCCACCAGCUCCAAUAAUUCGCAAGCAUCGCCGACGAACGACACAGUCGUGGUUUCGGUGAAUGGAAACUCGCCCAGCUAUCUUCAGCCAGUAGGAACGCCGAAAGACGGGCCGGAUAUUGUAGUGGAUGAGAUUGAAGAGCUCCACAAGGAGCUCGGGUGGCUACGCAUCGACUCAAACGGAGUCUACAGACAUGUCGGCGCAAACUCAACAUAUCUCUUCCUCGACGCCGUGCGAUCUUUAAAACGGCCCCGCCUCAGUGCUUCCUCUCCCAAGAGUGAAGUUUUGGCUCCUCUCAGCGCCGCCGAGGCCUGCCCUCCCCUCACACCUGAAACAACCCAUCGCUUAAAACCGCCCAGACAAAUAAACCUGCCUCGGCGAGACCUUUGCGACGGCUGCAUAGCCCGAUUCUUCCGAGAGAUCCAGUCCGUCUACUGGUUCUUUUCGGCCGAGCAGCUGCAUGCUCGACUCGAUCGGAUAUAUGCCGGAGAUUCCGCGGCGGCUACUCCGGCGACACUUUGUGCCCUGUACGCAAUAUUUGCCAUGACGUGUGAGACUCAAAUGCAAAAGGAGAGUCCAGGUCUCGAUAUGAGGCCGUCUCUUCGAUAUCUUGCUUUGUCAAAGGCCUUGGUGCCGGCGCUGUGCGAUAGCGGCGACAUUGACAGUCUCAGGGCAUUAUGUCUUUUAGCUCUGGCGCUUUCGAGCUCAAUGUUUGGCAACACCGCAUACAUCUAUGUCGGAUCCGCCGCUAGGAUCGCAUUUACCCUGGGCCUCCACACGAAAGGGGACAUUAGCGCUCGCCACAGCCUUCACAAGCAGGUAGACUUACGAUUGUUUUGCUCCUUGUACCUACUCGACCUUGACAUUAGCCUUUGCUAUGGACAUCCUACCGCCAUCAGCGAAGAUAUUAUUCCCGGCGUGCUGAAAUUGCCCUCGGAAGACAUUCUAAGCCCCGGCUCAAAUAUGCCCCUGAAUUACCUCGAGGUAUCCUGCCGACUAGCCCAGCUCAAGCGGACCGCCAGCAGAGUUAUCUACAGGGUGCCGACACCCAACACACUCAACCUCGCGCUGUCAACAGUCUCGACCCUGAUGAACGACCUGCAGAAUUGGUACUCCGAGCUACCUCCUCACCUGCGCGACUUCAACCAAGUAGCCGGAUUCCACAAACGUUCCGUCGCGGUAUUACACCUCCGAUACUGGCGAACCGUCAUGUUCACGACGCGGCCCUUCAAACUCUACAACGUCUCGCGCGAAGGCCGCAAGCUCGCCGACGCCACCAAGCAAAAGUGGUUCGACGACUUCGGCACCAUGUGUCUCGGCGCCGCGCAAAAGGCCAUGGAGGCCAUCGCGUUUCUACGCGACCACGAUCUGCUGACGAGUCGGAUCCCGUUCGACUGCACAUCCAUCCUCGAGUGUAUGCAGGUUUCGCUUCUGGCGCUGAUAGAGACGAAUGCGGCGGAGCAGCUGGAGAAUGUCAAGACGUGCACGCGGACUCUUCAGGGGAUGGAGCAGAUUCUUUGGACGAAACAUGCUCUUACAGAGGUGAUGGCGCAACUUGAGGAACACGGCAUCUGGGACGGAGAAAAUGUUCUGUAUCCUGCGAGCAUGGAGACUCCAAAUCUGAUGUUUCUGGACAUCGUGCCAAAUAACGAAUUUGCCGUGGAUUCGGGAACGUACUUGUCGGGUGUGGGCCUGGGGGAUAUGAACGUGCAGCUGAGCCAUUCUCCACAGUUCCAGGAGUUAUAA